UAGAAAUCUGGAUGGAAAGGGGGCAGCUGAGGGUAGGUUAUGCCCUGUCAACUUGAAGCUCAGGGUUGCCUCCAGAGACAAUGGAUGACGGCGAGGUCCUUAAAAAGAGAGGCUACAUUAUGGGUAUCAACCUCGGAGAGGGUUCGUACGCAAAAGUGAAAUCCGCUUAUUCAGAACGGUUGAAGUGUAACGUGGCGGUCAAGAUCAUCGAUAAGAAGAAAGCUCCCCGAGACUUCCUGGAGAGGUUUCUCCCACGAGAGAUUGAGAUGUUGGCCAGGGUGAAGCAUCACGCCAUUGUCAAGACCUACGAAAUCUUCGAGACCUCCGAAGGGAAAGUCUACAUCGUCACCGAACUCGGGGUCCAAGGAGACCUGUUGGAGUUCAUCAAGAAGAAAGGAGCCAUUCCCGAAGAGAUUGCCCGUAAGAUGUUCAACCAAUUAGCCAGCGCCAUUAAAUACUGCCACGAGUUGGACAUCGUCCACCGGGACUUGAAAUGCGAGAACUUGCUCCUGGAUAAAGAAUACAACAUCAAAUUGACGGAUUUUGGCUUCUCCAAACGCCUGUCUCGGGACGACGACGGGAGGGUCAUUCUUAGCAAAACCUUCUGUGGGUCUGCUGCCUACGCGGCUCCCGAAGUGCUCCAGGGCAUCCCCUACCAGCCCAAGGUUUACGACAUCUGGAGCAUGGGCGUCGUGCUGUUCAUCAUGGUCUGCGGCUCCAUGCCUUACGACGAGUCCAACAUUAAAAAAAUGCUCAAGCUACAGAAAGAGCACAGAGUCCACUUUCCCCGGUCCAAAAUCCUAUCGGUGGAAUGCAAGGACCUCAUCUACCAUAUGCUUCAGCCCGACGUGACUCGACGGCUCUGCAUCGACGAGGUUUUGAUGCACGUCUGGCUGCAGGAACCCAAAGCCGUUUCAGACUCCGUGCUGACCAAAUCAGGCGAAUGCUCGCAGCAUCAGAACCAGAUCCGGUCCCUCUUCGGAAAGGAAAGCGUUUCGCAGCCUUCGGAUAACGAACAAGUGAAACAAGAAAUACGGCACGAGGAUCUCGAGAACCUAGACAAUCUCUCUGAGCAGAUACAAAGGACUUCCCUCUGAAAGGAAGACGUCCAUUCGAUGUUAUCUCUCCCUUCCCCCACAAAAAAAACAAAAUUGGUUUCCAAGACUGCCAAACUCAAUUUAUUUCUUUUAAAGGGCUAUGUUCUGGACGGGUUUUGAAAAAGAGACGAAGGGUUGGAUGGGGCAACAGGAAUGUUUGAAGCCCUUUCACGUUAUUUUGGAAGAUCCAGGACCUCUAACAUCUCCAUAUUUCUAUAUUUCUUACUUGCACAAAAUCGGAACGAGUUUUCCCCCCUCGAUUAAAUCUUCUCCAUAGGAAAGAUUAUAGACAGACCCGUGGAUUGGAAGCGGGGGGGACGUGAAUUUUCGGAACCGUGGGGUCUCUCUAAAAUUCGUAACUGGUGUUUAUGCUACCAUAAAAUCUACUCUAUCACA